UAUUGCGUCUAAUCAUUUGAGUUGUAAGAAGGAGCUUAGAGCGUUAGAAUAUUCUCUUAUUCUCGAAUUUCCACUCUUAUAAAAACUCGAUGGCAAAUUGUCUUUCUUCUCUUACAUGUUUCAAGUUAUAACUCUGGUUACGUCUUCUUCCACUUCAUUGCACUCACAAACAGAGAACACCGAGUACAAAAUUACAUCUCGAGUCAUUUAGCAGGUGUGCCUUUCAUUAUAUAUUCUGCUGCUUUGUAAUUAAAAGGUUAACCAGGUACUGCUUUAUUCCUUGAUUGUUCUACAAAAGUUUUAAGAAGCCCAUAUUCUUCAGCUUUCUCUAGUGUCAUCACAAAAUCAGGGAAUGCUGAAAGAUGUGCUUGAUGGUCAAAAACUCCUUCUCUGAAGCUAUUGAGGUUGUACCUCCAUUUGAGCUACCCUUGUUCAUCCUUGACGAGAUUGGGUGUUUAGUCCACUGCCCAUAUCUACUUUGUGCUCAAGUAACUGAGGUGGCUAGAAAUCUCAGCCAUUGUGUGAUUUCCAAACAUGAUGUUUGUGAAGACGGUUGAGCUUUGAAUUUCUUGAGAACCAUUUUCCUGCUUUUGGCCACAUAAUUGCCUGUUCUUGGUACUAUUGAUAUUAGCAUUAGUUUUGUGCAAAAAGUUGUAAUAGAAAUGGAACAGAAAGGAAAUGUUCUUAUGCAAAGAUAUGAACUAGGGAGAUUACUAGGCCAAGGAACCUUUGCAAAGGUAUAUCAUGCAAGGAACAUUAUAACUGGCAUGAGUGUGGCCAUUAAAGUUGUUGACAAAGAGAAGGUUUUGAAAGUUGGGAUGAUUGAUCAGAUUAAGCGUGAAAUUUCAGUGAUGAGACUAAUCAGGCAUCCACAUGUGGUUGAGCUUUAUGAGGUAAUGGCCAGCAAAACCAAAAUAUACUUUGUCAUGGAGUAUGUAAAAGGUGGUGAGCUCUUCGCCAAGGUAUCCAAAGGAAAGCUCAAGCAAGACGAUGCUAGGAGAUAUUUUCAGCAAUUGAUCAGUGCUGUUGACUACUGCCAUAGCAGAGGUGUAUGUCACCGCGAUUUAAAACCAGAAAAUCUUCUAUUGGAUGAAAAUGGAAAUUUGAAGGUCUCAGAUUUUGGGUUAAGUGCUCUUGCUGAGUCUAAGCACCAAGACGGAUUGCUCCAUACUACAUGUGGUACCCCAGCCUAUGUUGCUCCAGAAGUGAUCAACAGAAAGGGUUAUGAUGGGACCAAAGCUGAUAUAUGGUCAUGUGGGGUGAUCUUGUAUGUUCUAUUGGCAGGUUUUCUUCCUUUUAGAGAUUCAAAUCUGAUGGAGAUGUAUAGGAAGAUUGGUAAGGCAGAAUUCAAAUGUCCUAACUGGUUUGCACCAGAAGUACGCAGGUUAUUGUCCAAAAUCUUGGAUCCAAACCCAAAGACCAGGAUAUCAUUGGCAAAAAUUAUGGAAAAUUCUUGGUUCAGAAAGGGGCUUGAGAAUCCAACUGUUACUGACAACAAAGACAAAGAACUAGCUCCUCUGGAUGCUGAUGGAGUUUUUGGAGCUUGUGAGAAUGGGGGUCCUGCUGAAGAGUCAAAGCAUGAACUAUCAAAACCUUGUAAUUUAAAUGCUUUUGAUAUCAUAUCCUUUUCAUCAGGUUUUGACUUGUCCGGUUUGUUUGAGGAGACUGAUCAAAAGAAAGAAGUGCGGUUCACAUCUAACAAGCCUGCCUCAAUUAUCAUAUCCAAGUUAGAAGAGAUCUGUAAGCGGCUUCGGCUUAAAGUGAAGAAGAAAGAUGGAGGUUUGUUCAAGUUGGAAGGUUCCAAGGGAGGAAGGAAAGGGCCUUUGGGUAUUGAUGCAGAGAUUUUUGAGAUCACCCCGGUUUUCCAUUUGGUGGAGUUAAAAAAGUCCAGUGGAGAUACAUUGGAGUACCAAAAGCUUUUGAAACAAGAUGUUAGGCCUGCACUUAAGGACAUUGUUUGGACCUGGCAAGGAGAACAACCACAACAAUUGCAACAUGGAGUAGUACAGAAAGAGGAACAGCCUUCUCAUUCUGGCAUAUCAGAGCUUGUAUCACAACCAACUUUGUAAUGAAUAUGAUGUCCCUAAAUUCCUUUUUGUAUGUUGUGUUUUUCUUCAUUAUAGUUUUUCAUAGAAUAAGGUGGUUAAGCAUGUUCGGAUAGUUGCUCAACUUGCCUAAUUAAUAGUUAUGUUUGAACAUUUGGGUCUUUUGUUCUUUAUCUAUUGACUAUGUUGGAAAUGGCAUUUGGAUUUUGCAGCUUAAAUGGUAAGCAUUAGGAACUUGCAGUAACUCUAUUAGCAUACCUUGACAGCUGCCUAUGUUCCCUCUUGAAAUAAAACUGCUUGACCU